AUGCCUCGAGAAAGCCCUUCUUCUCGGCCUUCUUCUCAGCCUUCUUCUCAGCCCUCUUUUCAGCCUUCUUCUCAGCCUUCUUCUCAGCCUUCUUCUCAGCCUUCUUCUCAGCCUCCUUGUCAGCCUUCUUCUCAGCCUUCUUCUCAGCCUCCUUCUCAAUCUUCUUCUCAGCCUUCUUCUCGGCCUUCUUCUCAGCCUUCUUCUCGGCCUUCUUCUCAGCCUUCUUCUCAGCCUUCUUCUCAGCCUUCUUCUCAGCCUUCUUCUCGGCCUUCUUCUCAGCCUUCUUCUCAGCCUUCUUCUCAGCCUUCUUCUCAGCCUUCUUCUCAGCCUUCUCCUCAACUUUCUUCUCAGCCUUCUCCUCAGCCAUCUUCUCAGCCUUCUCCUCAGCUUUCUUCUCAGCGUUCUUCUCAGCCUUCUUCUCUGCCUUCUUUUCAACCUGCUUUUCAGCCUUCUUUUCAGCCUUCUUCUCAGCCCUCUUCUCAGCCUACUUCUCAAUCUUCUUCUCAGCCUUCUUCUCAACCUUCUUCUCAGCCUUCUUCUCAGCCUCCUUCUCAAUCUUCCUCUCAGCCUUCUUCUCAGCCUUCUUCUCCGCCUUCUUCUCAGCCUUCUUUUCAGCCUUCUUCUCAGCCUUCUUAUCAGCCUUCUCCUCAGCAUCUUCUCAGCCUUCUUUUCAGUCUUCUUUUCAGCCUUCUUCUCAGCCUUCUUCUCAGCCUUCUUCUCAGCCUUCUUCUCAGCCUUCUUAUCAGCCUUCUCCUCAGCAUCUUCUUAGCCUUCUUUUCAGCAUUCUUCUCAGCCUUCUUUUAA